AUGGAAUCGCCCUUUCCCCCAUCAUCCUCAUCUCCUGGCGAUGGCCGCAUCGUCGUCGGCCUGCUCCCCGCAGGUGAAAGCGGUCUCGAAACCAUGACUUACCAGUAUCCUUUAAAACUGAUAUCGCCAGCUCCUUCUUCAAGCCAGCCAAGCACUCUAGUGUUCCUCCUAUCUUACGGAGGUGGUCUUGUUGCUGGAGAUGGUGUCAAUCUGACAGUUCACGUUAAACCAGAGGCGAAGCUCAGCAUUGCUACCCAAGGUCACACAAAGAUUUUCAAGUCGCCGACAGUAGACGUCAUAACAAGUCAAAACUUGGAUGUCACAAUAGACAACGACGCUUCCAUGUGCCUUCUCCCGGAUCCUGUUCAGCCUUUUGAAGACAGCGUGUACGCCCAGAAGCAAAUAUUCAAACUCAGAGAACAGGCAUCCCUCUGUCUCUUGGACUGGGUCACACAAGGGCGCGUGGCCCGCGGUGAGAAUUGGAGCUUCAGGAAAUGGUCAGGGCGCAACGAAAUAUGGUUGCAAGAUCCGGCGGUGACAUCUGCCGACAGGCUCCUCGUCCGAGACUCAAUCAUCUUGUCCCGGGAAGCGAGCAAAUCUGUUGGCCGCACGCUCCCAGAGAUGAUGCAACAUAUGGCCAUAACUGGAACCCUCAUUCUGCGAGGUGCAAAGACAAAAUCAUUGGGGGAGUUCUUUCAAACUGAGUUUGCUGCCCUUCCCCGCAUUGGUGCCCGAGAUUUCCGAUCGCCAGAAGCAAUGGCCCAGGAUAGCACGAAUACUUCUGACCUUGAACGUUGGCGGUCACAACGGUUAGACAAGGAGAAAGAGGGGGGUGUUCUCUGGUCUGCAGCCAAUGUUCGAGGUUGCGUGGUCGUCAAAUUUGGAGCGAAAACAGUUGAAGCUGGAAGAGAAUGGAUUGGUUCGAUGCUCGAUCAUGAAGGGAGCAUCGCCUCAGAGUUUGGGGACAAGGCAUUGAUGUGUCUCCGAUGA